AUGGACUCAAUAUCUUUAACCACUUUUGCUUUGGCAAUUCUUUAUACAACUGUUUCAGUUGCUUCAAUUCCUAUUAAAGCUGCCAUUGAAAACCCAUUAGAAAUGUUAAUUGACAGAAGAAGAAUAAAUAAUUAUAAAAUUUACUCGAAUGACAUUUCAUCCAACGCUGUCAUUAUACUUAGAAAAAGAAAUGCAAACGUUUCUGUUAAAGAUGAUGGCACUGAUGCUGAUGUAGUUACCACUACCGAUGCUUCUUUAAAUGUAAAUCUAUUAUUAAAAAAAUGUCAAGUUUCUAGUGAAGUGAAAGCAGAUGCAGAUUUCGUUGAUGUUGAGUCUGAUGAUUCAAAGGUUGAAAUCGAAGUUAAACCUGAUUUAAAUAAUGUCCAGGUUGAUAGUAAUACCAGUGUUGGGAAAAGCUGA